AUGAACGAGUGUGGACGUUGCUCCGUUAAAAUUGGCGAGGAGCCAGCGCUUCUGGCAAAUGGAAAAGUUUGGCACGUGACUCAUCUUCUGUGUGAUUUGUGUGAAUGCCGGAUCAAUGAUGGGGAGAGAUGUGUCCCCCAGAAUGGAAUCAUAUUGUGCUCUGAAUGUCACAUCAAAACGACUCGUCCAAUUUGCAAAGGUUGCGGUGAAUUCAUUAAGAAUACUCUCUGUGAGGCACUCAAUUCCACGUGGCAUCCAACGUGUUUCCAGUGUUCUGUAUGUCAGAAACCGUUGGAAGUGUUUUUCCAUCAAUUGCCAAAUAAGAUGUGUGUUCACUCUGAUUGCUAUUGGGAUCUUCAGUUGAGAAUGAGUCUCAAUCACUCACUUCUUGUCUGCUCUCUUCCCCUUAAGAUGAUGUAUUUUAAUCCUGCUGUUCAAGACUAUUCAAAUAUCUUGCAAACUGGAAUGGUUGCUGGAAUUUCUGCUCAUAAUGCGUGUCAAGAAGCGGUCUAUCUUCUUCAAAAUAAGGCCUAUAUUGAAAACUUCAUCCUCCAGAAAACGCAACUUUUCGAGCACGGAUUCCCAAUGGACAUGGGAUCACAAGUCUACAUUCAGCCGAGUCCAUUCCAGAGAGGAGAGAUGUUUUAUUCAGAAAAUGAUUCCUCCCGAUUCUGUACCAGAUGUCGUUCAACUUUCCACGUGGAGUUGAGCGGGCUUCAACGAACCAGCUCGACACCAAUUUGCAAGGAUUCGGAUGGAAUUUUCUACAAUUUUCACAUCCACACACAAGAAUCAAUAGAGAGUUUGAAGAGUUUCAAGAAGGCACCAAGAGCAAACCAGUUCAACUGGCAUAUGUCUGGUAAAAUGUUUGCCUUGGAUGUCGAGUCAGUGUACACGAGUCACGGUCAAGAGGUGGGACGGGUCACGGUAGUCGAUCAUCUUGGUGAAACCGUAAUUGACGCAAUCCUGCAUCCCCGAUACCAAGUAUACGAUUGUGUCACCAAGUACUCCGGUCUGACUCCAGAGCUUUUCCUAUAUGCGACAGAGACUCUUGAGCCAUGUAGGCGUCUGAAUGGAGAUUUGAAGGCACUGAGAAUCAUUCACAGUAAUGUUAUCGACACUUCUAUUCUUUAUGAUAAUAACGGGAAACGUCCUUCUCUCCAACAGUUGACAUCCACACAUCUCAAUUACCAAAUUCAGAAUGGAAUUGGAGGACAUUGUUCGAAAGAAGACGCUGUUGCAUCACUCCAAUUGGUAUACUUUGGAGCUAUGAAUCCACACCAACUUUCUCCAUAUUUCCGGAACUCUUACUCUUUUUUUAAAAUCGCUUAUAAGUUGCAUUACAAGAUCAACUUCUUUGUAAUUCCAGAUAAAAUGCCGCCAAAGAAAACCCCGAAACCCGGCUUACUACAAUUUUUCGCCAAACAGCAGCAGGAAAAGUAUCAAGCUAAUCAGAAGAUACACAACGACGACGAUUCCAUUGAUGAAUCCUGUCAAAUACUCUACGAAAACAAAACCGAAUUACUUGCUAACGGAUUCGAUGGAAUACACGGAAAUGGAAUAUUCUAUCCAAUCGAUGAACCAAUUCGAAGUUUCGAGAUGAAUCUGAUAAAAUGCACAGUCACGUCGAAUUGUUGUAUCGCUGUACCGGCAUCUGCUCCUUCGUCUUCCGGGCGGAUAUGCGCCAUGACGGUUUUCAACUUUUUGAAAUGGUUUCCUCGAUGUCGUGUACUUCUGGUCACUUCUUCCGAAAGUUGGUCAUUAGCACUCAGUCAGAUGGGUCUCGAAUCACAAUCGACAAAGUUGUCUACAGUUACUCAAUUUAAAAAUUUAAAGACAGAAGCUGAAAGAAUUAUGAUUUGUGCUACUCCACAAUGUGCAUUAAAAGUAGUGGAAUCACCAGAAGCUAAAGAAUUUCUCGAAGAAAUUCGAUUAGUCAUAAUGGAGCUGAAACCGAGCGAAUGCUGUGCAAAGUAUAAGCCUAUCAUCAAUGCUUUAACUGUGAAAGAUACAUUCUUCAGAUGCGUAGUUCUCACAACUUCUAUUUCGAAUUCUUCUAGGCGAACCUCUUCAAUCACAAAACGACAAAUAAUGAUUACAAAUUUACAUUUGUCUGAUUGGGUUGAGCAAUCAGAAUCUGAUUUUUUAUUCAGAAAUAGCAACAUUCCGGCUGGUGUCGAAGUUAAGACGUGGAAAUCAGAAGAGAAUUCUGCGAACCUUCGAAAAAUUAUUGAAAGUUUUGAAAGAUUCUGUGAAAACCAAAUUGAUGAACUUGCUCGAAAAUCGAUUAUUCCAUCAAAAAGUAUCAAAAAAUCAAUUUGGACAUGUUGGAAAUCAAUGAAGCAAUCUAGGAACACAUCCGAUAUUGACGAGUUAGAAGUAGCUGAAUUUUUAAUAACUACUUAUAAACUUCUGAUUAUCGAUGGCAUUGUGGCAGCAAGAAAUUUUGUGAAGGCUGUCAAUUCAGACAAUCCGAAAAUUCAAGACUAUGCGAAGAAGAUUUUAGAUUCGUCGAUUUUCGGUGGAUUUUCUGAAUUUCCUUCGAAGUUUCAACAUUUAUCAGAUUCAAUUGAAGCAUUCCUCAAAAUGAAUAAUCAUGUACUUGGAGUGAUAUUAUGUCGAGAUUCUGAUCAAGCAAUCGAAAUACAAAACUAUUUAAAUUUACAGCUUACAACUCGAUGCACGGUUCGGAAAUCCCCAAAAAUAGUUAUUCUUCCUGUCAAACUGCGGGAUUUCAUCGGUCAUUCUGAUGGUCUUCCUCUAUCCGAAGUCACUUUCGUCGCUUCAGUUUCUCGGGAAUCUGUAUUUAAUUUUCGCCGAUUUGCCGGUGCAUAUUUACUCAUUGUUAACGAACAAUUUGAGAAGUUGAGAAAAGAAGACGGUCGAUUGAUUUUAGAUGAUGGUAAAUACGGACAAAAAGAUGUGAAGAAUGGGCUGAAAUUAGGUGCAGUAGAGAGAUAUGAUUUCAAGUUUGAGCCAUCACGUCUCCGAAUCAAUGUCACAAAUCUUCCGGCUCAAUUCUUUUAUCCACGAGAAAUCGGAAAUUCAUUAAAUGAAACUGCUGGAAUUAGCCAACUUGGAAAAACUCACAUCGAAAUGUCUUCAAAAGAGCACGCUGAGCUCUACAAACGUCUUCAAAAUCCAGAUUUUUCAAGUUUUCACAGACGGAAACGACCGUUUUGGGUGUUUGUGAGUUCGCUGAGCUUCGUUGUAAGCAACAGAAAUCCGUAUAUUUUGAAGAAAGAUAUGGUAAAUCCAGAUGAGAAGAAUCCGAUUGAAGUGGAUGAAAUGGAUUAUGAGCAAGUGUGCUGGAAUCAGGAUUUACAAUAUUUGGGUGAUAUAAAGUGGUCAAGGCUAUCGGAGAGACUCACCAAAUACAUAAAAAAUGGACCAGUUGAGUGGGGAAUGAACGAUAAACGUCGAUUCGAAUAUGUCAAUGAAAUAACUUCUUCGGAACGCCUUCUUCAUCUGGAUCGUCUGCUGCGAAAUCUGGAGAAUAAUUUUAAAGAAUUAUCAACGACGACGGAUCCUUCAAAUCCUUUCUAA